AUGACCUUCAAAACUCUGGGCGCAAAGGCCGCUGCCGCUCUGGACCAGGAGCUUAUGAGCACUUCCGCAUUUUCCAUCGACCAGCUUAUGGAGCUGGCUGGUCUGUCUGUUUCUCAAGCUGUGUAUCGGGUCCAUCCUCCCAAUAUGGGACGCAAGGUUCUCGUGGCCUGUGGCCCUGGAAACAACGGUGGCGAUGGUCUUGUUGCCGCACGACAUCUGUUCUACUAUGGCUAUCACCCGUCCAUCUUCUAUCCCAAGAGGAGCAAGAACGAGCUGUACCAGCGCCUUGCAAAGCAGCUUGAGGAUCUUCGGGUCCCCUUCGUUGAGGAUUUCGCUUCCGCUGCGGAAGAUACGGAUCACAUUAUUGAUGCAAUUUUCGGGUUUAGCUUCUCUGGAGAAGUUAGAGAGCCGUUCCCAGCUGUGAUAGAGGCCCUCCAGAAAUCAGACAAGCCCGUUACGUCCGUGGACGCGCCAUCAUCGUGGGACAUUGAACAGGGCCCCCCAAAGUCGGGUUUGGGAAGCUCCUUCAUGCCUACAACGCUCGUUAGCUUGUCUGCACCGAAGCCAUUGGUUAAACACUUUACGGGACGGCACUUUAUCGGUGGCCGUUUUGUGUCGCCAAUGAUUGCUGAAAAGUACAACUUUCAAGUACCCGAGUACGAAGGCGUGGAUCAGGUUGUCGAAGUCGAUGUGAUGGGGAGGAAGCUCUGA